AUGGGACCGAGUAAAAGGCCUAAACUCCUCGUUUUUGGACUUUUUCUGGCUUGCUGGUCUUUCAGUCAUAAUGAGGCCCUCAAAGUGGAUCGCAAUAUUUCUACCAGUACCCGACCGGAUCACGCCUUCACUGACGGCGCAGUCUUUGUCCACAUCCUGUCUGCAGUAAACAAACUCAGCCCACAGGAGUCUGCCCUCGAUCAGCUCAUCGACAUUAUUCUGACAACCCUCCUUCACGAGGGGGUCCGGCUUCGAUUGGAUUAUCCAAUCCACCUGAUUGAGAGACCUCACCUACAGGUGUCCAAUGUGCUACUCGAGGGUCUUCACCGCGUCUCUCGAGAAUGCCCCACUCGGAUUAGCACAGAAGAACUGAGGGUCAGUGGCAGAACAGUAAGGAACACCUUUGUGGACCUCUGUUUCCAUCUGGAUGAGCUGACAAUGAUUGGACAAUUUUCGACGGGCUUCCCCUUCAUCUCCCCUCAGCUGCAGAUUCUGCCGCAGACGAAGGCUUCUAAGACUGAUAGCAACGGCAGACAAGUUCGACAGUUGCUCUACUUAAGCGACCUCAGUGUUGAUCAGUGGUCAGGACUACGUUUUGAGUCGGCGGACUUGAAAGGAAAUUAUGUGAAGCGCUUCGUAUUCAAGAUGCUGGAGAUUGUGACUCGUGUAUCUUCGUUAGCCACGAGACUUGCCUUCCAACGCAGCCUCCGCAUUUCGAUGCAGCAAAUAUUUGCUAAUCUCACCUUCAUUGAUCCCUUUUUCUAUCCAACUACCUAA